GAGCGUGGUUGUUUACGUGCAUUAUGUCUGACUAUCUAGCGAAGGCAGAUCAUAGAUUACUUGAGUCGAAGACUGUCCCUUUAUAAAUAAUGGCCUCUCCAAUCCCCCGCGGCCUUCGCCAGGUCCUCCAAAAAUCGCCUUCGGACAUCGUUAUCCUCUCAUCUCUCCGCACUCCCGUCACUCGUGCAAAGAAGGGCGGUUUUAAGGAUGCUUAUCCGGAAGAGCUUCUCGCUCAUGUUUUACGCGCGACGCUGGAGGCCAACCCAAAUCUUGACCCCGCUCUGAUCGAGGAUGUGUGCAUCGGCUCCGUGCUUCAAGAACUCGGAGGCGCGAAGGCAGGCCGAAUGGCCCAGAUCCACGCCGGUUUCCCUCACAGCGUCCCCUUCCACACAAUCAACCGGCAAUGUUCAUCUGGUUUGGCUGCUAUUUCAACUAUUGGGAACAGCAUUCGGGCAGGAGCUCUCAACAUUGGUGUUGGUGGAGGAAUGGAGUCGAUGACCAGAAACUACGGCUCGCGCGCUAUCCCCACUGUUCUGUGGCCUGAGCUCAAGGAAUCGCCCUCAAAGGAUUCGAGGGAUUGUAUCAUGCCUAUGGGAAUCACCUCUGAGAACGUCGCUUCUCGGUACGGUAUCAGCAGGGAGGACCAGGACGCGUUCGCUGCCAACUCGCACAAGAAGGCUGCGGCUGCGCAAAAUGCUGGACUAUUCGACUCGGAGAUCGUUCCCGUAAAGACUCUUUCCUACGAUGCUCAGAACCCUGAAGCCCCGCCUACGGAGAUAACUGUCACUAAGGAUGACGGUGUUCGCGCCAACAUUUCUGUCGAGAAGAUGGCCUCUUUGAAGCCGGCUUUCUCUGAAACUGGCUCCAGCACUGCCGGAAACAGCUCCCAGGUUAGCGAUGGUGCUGCCGCUGCUCUGUUGAUGCGUCGAUCUACCGCCACGGAACUCGGCCUGACUUCGUCCAUCAAGGCCCGCUGGGUCGGCACAGCCGUUGCUGGUUGUGCCCCUGAUGAGAUGGGUGUUGGCCCUGCAGUUGCCAUUCCCAAGCUCCUUCAGAUGCUUGACGUUAAUAUUUCGGACGUUGGCAUCUGGGAGCUCAACGAGGCUUUCGCGUCCCAGGCUCUGUACUGUGCUCGUAAGUUGGGUAUUGAUGAGGCCAAGAUUAACCCCAAGGGUGGCGCCAUUGCGAUUGGUCACCCUCUUGGUGCCACUGGAGCCAGACAGGUCGCGACCCUGUUACCUGAGCUUGAGCGUACCGGCCAGGAAAUCGGUGUUGUUAGCAUGUGUAUCGGAACUGGCAUGGGUAUGGCCGGCAUGUUUGUUCGGGAGUAA